UCCCACAGCUGGAGUAGAGCUAUGUGUCUGCCUGAUGCCUUCCUGCCUGCACACAUCAGCUGACCUGCAGCAUCUGCCUCUGACAUGGCUGGCAUAAAGUGAUGCUGCUGGCACCCUGCUUCAGUAACAGAUCUCCCACCCGAGGACGUGGACCAAAUAUCCGCCUGGAAGAUCGCAGCCAAGUGCCAGUAAGGGAGUGCCUGAGUCCUGAACAAUCAUGAGUAGUGAACUAAAUAUCCCAGUGGAUCCUUCCACUCCUGCAGUCUCGGAGCGUGGGAACAAAGGCAUGGAUUACAGAGACUGGGUCAGACGCAGCUAUCUGGAACUGGUAACAUCCAAUCAUCAUUCUGUACAAGCCCUUUCAUGGAGAAAACUGUACCUCAGUAGAGCCAAACUGAAAGCUUCCAGCCGUACCUCUGCCUUGCUUUCAGGAUUUGCAAUGGUCGCUAUGGUGGAGGUCCAGUUGGAAAUGAAAUAUGAGUACCCACAACUGUUACUUAUUGCUUUCAGUGCUUGUACAACAGUGCUUGUUGCAGUUCACCUCUUUGCACUACUGAUCAGCACGUGCAUAUUGCCGAAUGUAGAGGCCGUGAGCAACAUCCACAACCUAAAUUCUGUCAAUGAAUCACCACAUGACCGAAUGCACCCUUACAUCGAGCUGGCGUGGGGUUUCUCAACUGCCCUUGGAAUACUUCUAUUCCUUGCAGAGGUCGUUUUACUGUGCUGGAUAAAAUUUCUGCCAAUAGACUCUCCAUCUGUGCGUAAUGAAACAGGCGCAUCACAGAAAACACACGGAAAUGCAGGGUGGCAUUCGGCAAUGGUUUCUACAAUCAUUAUGGUACCAGUGGGCAUCAUCUUUGUCAUAUUCACAAUUCACUUUUAUCGUACUCUUGUGAGACAUAAAACUGAGCGCCACCAUCGGGAAAUUGAAGAACUCCACAAAUUAAAAGUGGAGCUUGAUGGACAUGAUCGAGGUAUAAAUGUAGUGUGAAUGGAUCUUAAAAUAAGGAAGUUAACGGCAGCUUAUAAUCUGCAGUAAGAAUGUGUAACGGAUUUAUUUUCUCCUGUCUCAAGAAUUGAGGUUACGAGGCAGACAUGUCCUAUACUGCUCAUUAUUCUUAAAAUCUAAAAAAAAAAGUUGUAUUUACAAAUAGUUAAUACAUUUUCUACAGACCAAUACAUUUUUCAUUUAAUAUAUUUCAUUGUAACUUUUAAAAAAAAUAUAAUAAUAUAUUUAUUUAAAUGUUAUGCACCUUAAAGCAUCAUUGUGAAAUGUUACGGUGUAGGAAAACAACUUUAGCAUUCUCCUUAACAUAAACAUUGUGCCUUUUUAUCCUACUAUUGAAAAGUUUCUUGUUAUAUGCCCAACCAAGUAUAGGCAACAUUUGGUGCUUUUUGGAAGCAGAUCAUACCUUGCCAUACCCUGUACGUCACUGUCACUUAUGCAAUAUUCCACCAAAUUGUGGGUCUGGAGGUCAGAUCAUGGUAAGACCUGGCUAU